GCAAUAUGGAACUCAAACACACAAGAAUUGCUUCUACUGUUCUGAUUCUUCUCUGCAUCCUCGUCUAUACUUUUGCAUUUACGGUUCGAGAUGGCGAAGAGCGAGAGAGGGAAGAAGUACGAAUUGCCAAACCAUCGUUAUGGGAGAUUUUCAAAAAUGGCUUCUCAGUGUACACAUCUUCGCCUUUGAAAGUUACAAGCUACUGGGAGAAGGUCAAGUCGCUUGUACGCCAACUACAUGCCUACUUCUUCCCUCCCAAUUUGGAUUUUAGGGGAACUAGCAGUAGUGAAGAAGCAAGAAUCGAUCAACCUAGCAGUCCUAGAAUUGGUGGUGAUGGUGGAGGUGGAGCUGGAGAGAAGGUGAAAGAGGCGGUGAGCAAGAGUUUCGGGAAGAGCAAAGCAACUGUGGAGGACACGGCUAAAUCAGCUGCUAAAGCAGUAGGUGAAACUGUGCAGAAGACCAAGGAGAAGGUGAAAAGGAGCUUUUCUAACAGAGAAGCAGGUCAUCAAACUCAUGAACCCGAGCUGUGAAUAUUUACAUAAAUGAACUUUUGGGUCUUCUCUAGUACUAUAUGUUUUUGUUGAUAUAUGCAUGCUGUUGUAAUUGUAUAUUCAAAUUGAUUUCAUAAUACGAGUGUAACUUUUAAUGAGAAAGUUUUCAACAUGUAACAUAGCUGGCUAAUAGAAA